GAUGAUUAAAUUAGUGAUUUUUUUGACUAAUUCGAAUUUGCUUAGCUAAAGCUGAGCUACUUUACCAAUCUGACAUCAUUGCACGUUACAGGCAUGAUGAUGAUCAUUCUUACCGAACCAAAAAGAAGAAAAAUAAACUUCUAAAAUCAAUCGAUCACUCUUACCAGAAAGAAAGAUUUGUAAAUUUAACUUUUUUUUCCUAAAAACUCUGUAGCAUCUUUUGUUUUCCCUCAGGCAAAUUGGCUUUGAUUAGGUAAAAUCAUUAUUCAUGAUUCUUUUUUUGUCUCUGUGAUUGAGUGGUGAGUUUUAUCAUCCUACAUUAUUGUAUUAGUGACCCAUCAAACAAACAAAAAAAUACUUGUGUUAGAAAAAAAAAAUUGUUCUGAAUAAAAACCCAUGAAAGAAAGACUUUUGAAAGCUAAUCCAGAAAGUGGCUUUUGAAAACCUUUUUUCAACCCCACAAGCUAACCAAAGAAGAAACCUGAAAACGAAAAACCCAUUACGUUUUGCUUUUAUACUCUUGCCUCGAUCUUAUCUUUGGUUUGAUCUUGAUUCCUUUUUCAGAUUCUUAAAUUUGGGGUUUUUCGAAAUAUAUCAGUUUUUUUUCUUUAAAAUAGCAAUGAAGGGAAUGAAGGAGAGAUUGGCGAAGAAGAUCAAGCUCAUCACCAUUGUUUCAACCUUGAAGCAAGGACUAGCUCAUCACAAGAGUAAGAUUGACCGGACAAUCCAUCACAUACGAGACGAAAUAGUCGCUGAAUCUGGUCAACGCAGAGGCUGUGUUACACCAACGCUUGAGGAUGUGUCAGAACAAGAACAUGAUCUUGAAGAUGAUGAAGAAGAAGAAAGAGAGAUACUUUUGGAGUUUGAAGAGAAUUGCCCACCUGGAGGAGAAGAUUCUGUCGUGUUCUACACCACGGGACUGCGAGGAGUGAGGAAAACUUUCGAAGCCUGUAGAAGAGUAAGAUUCUUGCUGGAGAAUCACAUGGUGAAAUAUAAAGAAAGAGAUGUUUCCGUUUAUUCAGAGUUUAGAGAUGAGAUGUGGAGGUUGCUUGGUGGUAAAGUCACCUCUCCGAGGCUGUUUAUUAGAGGUAGGUACAUUGGAGGAGCUGAUGAAGUUGUUGCAUUGAACGAGAACGGGAAGCUCAAGAAGCUUCUACAAGGGAUCUCACGGGCUCAUUCGCCUUGUGAGUGUUGCCUGAACGAAAGGUUUUUGAUAUGUUCUAGUUGCAACGGAAGCUCGAGAUUGAUUGCAGACGAUGAAGAGACUAGUAAUGGUACUAUAUGGACGAGAUGCAGAGAAUGUAACAAUGAGAAAGGGCUUGUGAGAUGUCCUCUUUGUACUUGAAUGUUUGCUGUAAUAACACUACUUGUUCAUGUUUGGUAUUUGGUUCCUGUAGAAUAAUAAGUUGCAAACUGACUCAUGCUA